AUGGUUUUGUGUGCAGAUAUACUGGAGCAGGAAGAGGAAUGGGCAGACGUAAAAGGAGUCAGAUGUGCUGGACACACCUUACAGCUAUGCAUCAACACCGCUCUCAGACAAGAUCCCAUCUGUCGCACUGUGGCUGCAGCCAGACACCUCGUGGCUCAUUUUAAGAAGGGAGCAAAAGCCAGAAAGGGACCGAAGGAGGAACAGAAGCAACAAAAGGUGAUUGAACACCUCCUGAUCCUAGACAUUUCCACGCGAUGGAACUCUUUUCAGACCAUGUUAGAGCGUCUGCUAGAACAGAGAUUGCCCGUAACAGCAGUGCUCUCUGACCCCAACUACACUGGGGAAAAUGAACGCUACCGUGAUCUCAACACAGCGCAAUGGAACAUGGCAGAGGACAUUUUGAAUGUGCUGAAGCCGAUGGUCACCCUGACUGAGCUUCUGUCCAAGGAGGACAACGCAUCCAUACCCAUGCUGGCCAACCUGAAACGCUGCCACUUGGCCGUAGUGGAGGAUGACAGCCCCGACACUAAGAGUCUUAAAACAAAGCUGGUGUGUGAAAAUGAAAAAAUUGCAGCUCAACGACCGACUACUUGAGAGUAGUCUAUAUGUCCAAGCAGCAGUCGUAGACCCCCGCUUCAAGCUGCUUUUGUUAGUUGACGAUGCAAAACGAGACGAAGCCUACAUCAACGUGUCCCAGCUGGCCGACCAUUUGAGCACGGUGCAGCCUGAGCAGCCAAAGCCCGCUGAGGGAGAUGAAGAGGAGGAACCCGCACAACAACAAAAAAAGAACCCGGACAAGGAGCGGGAGAUCAAUAUGCUCAUGUGUGGAGAUGAUGGAGAGAAAGAGGAUCAAGGGGAUAGCAAAGAAGAAAUGAAGGAUUAUCGCCAAGAUAGAACGAAAGUCGACGCUGGACCACUAGCUUGCUGGGGAAAAAACGAAGACAGGUAUCCGAAGCUAGCCAGAGCAGCGAAAUAUUUCCUCUCCAUCCCUGCCACCUCCACUCCAUCAGAGCUGAUCUUUUCCAAGGCUGGGUUUAUAGUCAAUAAAACGAGGACCUGCCUUCUGCCCCAAAAUGUUGACAAAUUGGUGUUCCUGUCUCAUAACUUGAAAAAUAACUUGAAAAGAUUGGGGAAAUAGGCUAUGGCUAUUAAGCGGUCUAUGUGAGUAAGUAGGCCAGUCCAAUACAGUUGACAGAUAGAGAGAUGAUUAACCUAUUACGCAGGCUGCUAAAUGUUUGGAAUUGUGAAAUAGCCUAUGCUUAUGUCUUUUUGGUAGCCUGGGCCUAUACAAACCAUUUUAUGUUCAGCAUUAGAGUUUAUAUGCUGA